AUGAGGUUAUGUGGCGAUUCUGGAGAGGAAAGAUCACGGGUGGAUGAGGGAAUCGACAACAUCACUUCAAACGGAACUGGAAAUCCCUCCUCUUCCCAGGACCCUGCCGCCGACUUCUUCUUCCCCGGGUUCCGCCGCGCCGCCGCCGCCGGCAACAUCACCCUCAGCGGCGUCGCCGAGAUCGACGGCCGCGGCAUCCUCAAGCUCACCAAUGAGACGACCUGUUUCUACCCUAGCCAGGCGGCGGAGGAUUUCAUCCUUCUACCAGAGACCACGCCGCCCAACCAGAUCUCGCGGCCAUCGCGCCGCCACCUCCGGAAAUACCGCAUCAUCACCGAGUUCUGCGCGGCGAAAUCAUCGACUGGCGACAACAACGCCGCCGCCGCCGUCUCUGUCCUUGGGAGCCGCCACCACAAGCGGUCCAGAGACGCCAUCGGCGACGACCUCUUGAGCGGCGAUCGCUUUUCGGCGACUCACGAUCCUCGCAAGAUGACCAAGGAGUCACCGUCUCGGGGGCAUGAAUCGGAGAUCGACCCUUUGAUUUCCCAACAUGGGCUAGCUAGAAAAAUCAAGGAAAAAGAUCAAGAGAUCGCGAAGAUGGGGCAAUUGAAUCGCCUCCUCUGA